AUUUUCUAAAAAUUAUUAUCUUAUUAUUUUAUCAAUAUAUAUAUCAAAUUUUGAACCGGUCCAAAUUGGGACCGGCAUAAUUUAUUAAUUUAUAAAGAUUAUUAAUUUAUCGAGUAUUAAUUUAUAUAAGUUUUACUGUAUGUCCAUUUAAAUUUAAUGAUAUAAUCGAUUUUUUGGAUGAAUUAUCCUCUAGGCCGGCCCAACUAGAAGUCGAGCAAUCGAUGUUUUGGAUUACUUGUCUUCUGGACCGGCCCUUAUAGCAAUGGUUACUCAACAUCCAUGUGAAAAUAUAAUAAAAUUAUCUCUUAUAAAAUAUAAAUAAAAUAUAUGUAGAAAGGGAAUUAAAAUAUUUGUUACACUAUUUUAUAAAUAAAAUAUAUGUAGAAAGGGAAUUAAAAUAUUUGUCACACUAUUUUAUUAAUAAAAUAUAUGUAGAAAGGGUAUUAAAAUAUUAAAAUUUUGACUAAAUAUUUUAAUUCCCUUUUUACAUAUAUUUUAUUUAUAUUUCAUAAGAGAUAAUGGUGAAAUGCAAGUUUUACACAAUGAGCUUGCAAGAAACAUAUAUGUAAAAAAGGUAAAAUAUCAUCAAAGAUAUUGACUAAAACAGGUGAAAUAUGUAAAAUAUCUUUCUUAAACAGGUAAAAUAUCCUCAAAGAUUUGACUAAAACAUGUCUUUUUAUGCUAACAUAUUUAUGCAAAAAGGGAAUUAAAUCAUUUUAUAUCUCUCUCUCUUUUUAUUUAUAUGUCUCGACAACAGCACCCAACAAAUCUAAAAGCUCUUGUUCGAAUUGGUUCCCUGAGAUUGUCGGAUUAUCAAAAUCUGUAGAGGGAGCCUUAGCGGAUUCUCUCCGAAACCCAUCUUCUCUUCGUGAGGUGGUUCUGUAUUGAGUAUGUCGUCGCAAUCGUGCCAUGGGAAUGAAUCAAACAGUGUAAACAAGGAAGGAAAUGUUGCCCCUUCCUCUGUGAGCGAGAAUCAGUUGGUUCUGUAUGACCCCAGGGGGAAUGAAACCGAAGAAGAAGGAGCAGAACCUAACCAGUCUCAGACAUCUUCGCACAAAACACAGUGUCCUUCCAUUGGGGCUUUUACGGUCCAGUGCGCAACUUGUUUGAAAUGGAGGCUGAUGCCUUCGAUGGAGAAGUAUGAAGAGAUUAGGGAACAGAUUCUCGAAAAGCCGUUCUACUGCGAAACAGCUUGCGAGUGGAAGGCGAAUGUGACUUGUGAUGUUGCUGAAGAUAUCUCUCAAGAUGGAACCCGUGUCUGGGCUAUCGAUAGGCCUAGUAUAUCUCGCCCACCCGCUGGCUGGCAACGCCAACUCAGGAUUAGAGGUGAAGGUGGUACCAAAUUUGCUGAUGUAUAUUAUGUUACUCCUUCAGGAAAGAAGCUUCGAUCGAAUGUGGAGGUCCAAAAGUACUUGAAUGAGAACCCGGAAUACAUAACCCAAGGAGUGAAGCUUUCCCAGUUUUCGUUCCAAAUCCCCAAACCUCUGCGGGAGAACUAUGUAAGGAAGCGCCCAGCUCGGCCAAUGGAACCAAGCGACGCCCCUGUAGCUAUUGAAGCUAACCCACUCGCAUUGGUAUCCCCAGAUGCUCAGACACCAUUGCAGCCAACCGAGCCUGGACUUUGCACGCACUUGAAAAAGGCAAGAAGAUCAGAGCCAUCUAGCUAGACAAGACUCAACUAUCCCUCUUCGUUGUUCUUCGAUGUGAAUUGAGCAUAUAUUUAAUUUUUUUGGGUUGGGUACAUUGAAGAAAUUGAAGAGGACAUGUGGGUUUAGCUUGUUUUGUGUGUAUUAUCUAUUUCAAACUCCUUUAAUAGGCAGAAUAUUCGUCUUUUGUUACAAAGUUUCUGGAUAUCCAUGGAACUUCUUUCUUUCGUAAAUGUUUUUAUUAAACUCAAACUUGAUA